CCCCACGACGAUGCUGUUGUUGUGUCGGCGACAAUAGCCAAUUAUGAUGUAAAACGAAUUUUUGUUGAUAAUGGAAGUUCGACAAAUAUUUUGUUUUACUCGAUCUUCUUCCGAAUGCGACUGUCAACUGACCGACUUAGGAGGAUCCCUGUGCCCCUGAUCGGCUUUGCCGGAGACACCAUCACGACAGAGGGAGAAAUUACCCUGCCCGUGACGGUCGGCACCGAACCACGGCAAAGCACGGUCUCCCUCACUUUCGCGGUCGCCCAAGUUCCUUCGGCCUACAACGCCAUACUCGGACGACCCGGAUUGAACGCCCUCAAGGCGAUCGUCUCGACGUACCAUCUCCUUGUUCGAUUUCCGACCAAGAACGGAGUCGGAGAGAUGCGCGGAGAUCAACAGCUCGCUCGCCGAUGCUUCCAAACCUCCGCUCAAAGCGACGGGACGAAGGAUCCUCUGACAAUCGACAAACUGGACCAAAGGGAGAAGGAAGAACGGGGUUCGCCCGCCGAGCAGCUCGAGGCAAUCCCGAUUGGAGAAAAUCCCGACAGAAAAAUUUGGGUCGGGUCUCAAUUGCCCGACACCGAACGUCACCGACUGGCGGAGCUGCUGACGGCCAAUGCCGAC